GCUCGAGUUUUGGGCCCGAGCCAGUGAACGGGCGGCGCGGACAUGGGUCCGGCAAGAUGAGCAUCUUGGGCGGCCCUUUGCUGGAGGAUGCAGAGAUUGAGGAACUACUGAGGAAGUAUCCGCGCUUCAAAGGUGCCCUUCCCCACGAAGCGCGGCUUUGGACCGAGGCAGAGCUGGAAACCUACCUGGCCAGCGGCGGGCAGCGUAAGCCCGCGGACCUUUCCGACAAGAAGAGCGUCCCGCUGAACUGCGGCUUGCUGACAAAAGCCAGGUUGAAGCUGGCCGAGCUGAAGGUGGAAUCAGCCACCUCGGAGUAUGUUUCCUACUGCCGACACAGGCAACAGAGGUCCAACUUCUGCAGUUUGCCGGAUGCAGCCUCCUGCAGCCCCGUGCAACGCGUUCGCCAGGUGUCUGGGGUCUUGACGCAGCCAGUGACACUGGUGCCCAAGCGCGGCCAUGAUCCCAUCUGGCGGGGCUGGGGCAUGAGCUUCUGGAAGGAGGCCUGCGGCUUGGAGUACUGCAACUGCCGCACCCGGUGGCCAGCAUUCGAGCACGAUGAGCCAGGCAUAGAUGGGAUUUGCAUUGAAUCUGGCCUCACAGAGUACCUGGAGUACAUGCUGGUGGUGGAGCUUCAAGACCCGGCCUGCAUGGAGGAUCAGGCCAUGGCCUUCCCUCGGCUGCAGGUUGGGGACUUUUGUCCCUUCAUCACCUCCUGCAGUCGCUUCUUUAGGGACCACUACCACGCCUGGUCUCCUGGCGUAGAGGAUCUUACGCUUCGGUGGUGUCAGAUCUACGCCGCCAUUUUCGAGCAAGACCCCCUGCUGCAGUUGGCACAGUUUUACAGACUGCAUUUCGGCGUGAUAGGCGCCGUGAGCCGACUGCACAAGGCCAACCACCAGGCCUCGGAGUGGCUGCUGCAGCUGGAAGGCCAGCGGCUCUUUUUCCUCUUCCCACCAGAGGAUGGGGAGAACCUCUACGAGCUCCAGGGCGGCUACGACGAGAGCCGCUCCGACGGCAGCUUCGGCUUUGCCGCUUCCUGCAGUGAGGUGAACGUGUUCUUCCCGAGCCAGAAGCGGCACCCACUCUUUUCCAAGUGCAACGUGCAAGUGUCCUUGCUCGGCGAGGGCAAGACUCUUGUGAUCCCACCUGGCUGGUGGUGGUGUGCGGUGUGCACCCAGCCAUCCGUGACGAUGCACCACACCUACUGGGGCUUCGAAAACAGGCUUGGAUUCGUGGACACUCUGUGGGCGCCCUUUGACUCCCAGCAGACCUCUGUGGACGCUCGGAACUCCAUGCGCCCGGCCUUCGCGGAGCUCCGGGAGGCACUGAGGAAGGACGACGGCCGCCAGGACUUGGAGCAAUUGUUGGGCCAUUGAGCACCAGUGACGCUUGGCAAAAAGGACGAUUGUUCAACCAGCACUGGUGCCGUGUGUGCAUAGGUAGGUCUGUGAGUGUGUCGUGGGCAGCGGCUAAAUUCCACGUGCUA